AUGACCGCACAAACUCACAGUGGACUCAGCAAAGAAACGAUCAAGAAGGGGCGUUGGGUACCCAAUUCAAGAGUGUUCCAAACACAUUACACCAUUGGCAUCGACGACGUGUACACCAAGGCAUCCUGCUCCAAAGACAAGCGCACCUACGACAAAUUCCUACGCGAUAUGGCAUCGAACAUGGCUUCCUCUUCAUUGACAAAUAAGCAACCUCCGAAUGGAGUCCAUUGUGCUCUGGACGAGGAACGUAGUCCUCCAGAGUCUAUGGACAGAAGGAGGUUGCUUAGUAUCCCACCUCACUUCCCGCCACACUCAGCACCUCCUCUCGGAUGCCGCAUUUUCCCCUCAAGCGCAUAUAGUUAUGGGUUUACAGGCCGGGGGGGGGGGGGGGGGGGGGGGGGGGGGGGGGCGGAUGAGAAAGGCAUACAGACGGAUGGUAUCUACAAUGUCUUUCAGCAUGACCGCUGGCUCAGCUCACCGGAUAUGUUCAUCGCCGCACCGCCCAAAUCUCGCCCUUUUGUUGAUCUUGAUGCGUUCUCUGAGGGCCUCCAUUCCGACUGCGACGCUCUCAUGUCACAGACAAGGAAAACCACCCGUCAUCUUCCAAAAGCAACUCGGAGAACUACGAAGGAGCCGUCUCACGCAUGCAUGAUCAUCUUGUCCAUACCUUUCACGGGCUGGUCCACAUGGACUUCGAUAUUAUCCACUCGGAAGAAGUCCUCAAGGCGACAAAGCAUGGAUCAAGGAAGAUUGGUUUCUACAAGCUUUGGCAACCCGGGCUGCCCCCUUCUAGUUUCUGAGGGCGUAACACCUCAUGAUGGUUCAGAAGUUGUGCGAUGCACGACUGCACUCCAAAAAGCAGGUUCCAGAAAUUCGUCCCGCACCAACGGCGUUCACGCGUUGCCCUUGUCUGUGCUGCGGUCUGCGUCGAAAACGAGGAAGCUCAGUUUUUUUGGGGAGCGGAAAAUGGAGUGUCGCGUGGAUAGUGUCAGUUGCUGUCAAAGUGAGGGUGGGCCCGAGAGCGACACGCCCCUGCGAAACGUGCAGUAUGUCGGCGGUGAGUACUCACUGGCUGGUUUGCUGGAUCUGGUCGAAAGUGGGACUUUUGAAGUAGCCUCGAGUUCCCGCCUCAUCGACGACGUAGCAGUUCUCAUACGCAAGCCACUGCCGAACGCUAUAAAUGUCCUCCAGCACGGCGGCCCCAGCUCGUCCUCCUCUCUCCGUCUUCACAGCCGCACUUCGCUCUAUACGCACAUGGAGUGGGUCCCGGAUAGCUCUCCUUACCUCCCUUGCAGCCGUGUUCGUAAUCUCCGCGAUCGCGGCCAGCCGGACAGGGAGGGGUUUCUCGCCAUUCAAGCGCGGCAAGGGAAGGACGGGGAAAGGGGCGAAGCCAGUGAGGAAAAAGAGCAGAGGACCAUUGCUUGGACCGCUGUCGGCUAG